GUUCAAAUCAAAAUUUGUAUUAUGUGUAGUAUAGUGUUAUAAUAAUUGCACGGAUUUCUUGCAGGAAGCAUUAUUAUUGUGCUUUAUACUAUAAGUAUUCUAGAAAAGCAAAUGAAUAAAACGAGGGUUACGUGCGUCAGGGGGACUUAGCGUCAGCGGGAGAUGAGUAAAAAUCCUGACACCAGAGACUUCGAACAAAGAUAUCGAGCGUGCUUCGUAGAUUUCAUGGUAAAAACUGGUUCUGGCAUGCUGCUGGGUAGCAUGCUAGGAAGCUUUUUUCUUCGCAGUGUCAAAAAGUGGCCACUGUUCAUAGGCGGCGGUCUAGGUUUCGGCAUGGCUUACACUAACUGCGAAAACAGCCUGAACAACUAUUUAUUAUCCAUGGACCCUAAACUUUGCAAAAUAAAGAAGCAGCCAUGAAAUCAUUAGAAAAGGACGUAUUAGAGGAACUAGUUCCCUAAUUUGUGAUGUAAAAAUGUAACUUUACGUGAUUAAAACAUUUUCUCAAAGCUUACAGUUGUUUGAUUGAAAAC